AUGAAGCUCACCAUUGCUCUCGUUGUACUAUUGUCAGCCGUAUGCAUAAAUGCCCAUGGACCAUGUUAUGGUAAGGGCUGCGGAUAUGGAAGUGGGGGCUAUGAUGGCGGAUAUUAUGGCGGAUAUGGUGGAAUAGGAGGAUUGGCCGGCUACGGUGGAUUAGUAGGUUUAGGCGGUUUAGGUGGAUUAGGCGGUUUAGUCAGCUAUGGCGGUUACGGCAGGGGAUUUGAUGGUUAUGGUGGAGGAUAUGGUUAUGGCAAAGGGUAUGGCGGCGGCUAUGGUGGAUUAGGCGGUUACGGCAGCUAUGGUGGAUUAGGAGGUUUGGGCUAUGGUGGAUUAGGUGGUUUAGUCAGCUAUGGCGGUUAUGGAUUAGGUGGAAAUGGUGGUGGAUAUAGAUAA